UCACCGUCACCAUCACCGUCACCAUCAAUAUCACCGUCACCAUCAUCAUCACCAUCACCAUCCCCGUCACCAUCACCAUCCCCGUCACCAUCAUCAUCACCAUCACCAUCCCCGUCACCAUCACCAUCACCAUCACCGUCACCAUCAUCAUCACCAUCACCAUCCCCGUCACCAUCACCAUCCCCGUCACCAUCACCAUCACCAUCACCGUCACCAUCAACAUCACCGUCACCAUCAUCAUCACCAUCACCAUCCCCGUCACCAUCCCCGUCACCAUCAUCCUCACCAUCCCCGUCACCAUCAUCCUCACCAUCCCCGUCACCAUCAUCCUCACCAUCCCCGUCACCAUCCCCGUCACCAUCAUCAUCACCAUCCCCGUCACCAUCCCCGUCACCAUCAUCAUCACCAUCCCCGUCACCAUCAUCAUCACCAUCCCCGUCACCAUCACCAUCACCAUCACCGUCACCAUCAACAUCACCGUCACCAUCAUCAUCACCAUCACCAUCCCCGUCACCAUCAUCCUCACCAUCCUCGUCACCAUCAUCCUCACCAUCCCCGUCACCAUCAUCCUCACCAUCCCCGUCACCAUCAUCCUCACCAUCCCCGUCACCAUCAUCAUCACCAUCCCCGUCACCAUCCCCGUCA